GAUGACAAGACCCAGCGCUUCUUCGAUCAGACGGUCACUGACCUCCCUUUCUUCCUCACUCUCGAGCCGACUGAUCGUUCCCCGGCGUCUCGUCGCCACCGCUCCUCUGCACAUUUCGAUGUGAUGGAGACGGCUCAGACGGGGUACGACUUCAUUCUCGACACUACGUGGUCUCGUCGGUUCUGCAGCACCGAGGCCGAUUGGGCGACCAACACUCUCGUUCUCAAAACGAAGUAUGGACAGACGUAUCACGUACCUUUCAUAGGUACCAAUGCGACACCACGCCCCGAUCCUCGUCCCCCGGAGCCUUCCGUGCCCACACCAUCUCCUUCUAUCACUGUCACUUCGCCUUGGCAGUUCGCCUACUUCAUCCGACAGGACGACGUCACCUUCUUUAUGGUGAACGUGACGGAUCUUUUACACUAUGAUCCACCCUGUCCCGACACCGAGCUCAUCCCUCUGGAGCCAGAUCCUCCUUCUAUCUCCAUGACUCCCAUCUCUACUUCCGUCCCUCCGCCGUUCGUCGAGUCCACCCCGCCGUUGAGCGCUGACGCUGACGCUGAGGAACUCGCACGAUAUACAGCUGACCUGGAGCCCACAGUUCGUGACCUCAUCCGAGAGUACCAUGACGUUUUCCCAUCGUCACUCUCGUACGCCGGCAUCCCACCGAUGCGUGACGUCGAGCACUCCAUUGAGCUUGUGCCUGACUAUCGUGUUCACCACCAGGCACCCUACAGACUCUCGAUCCCCGAGGCCACCGAACUCAAGCGUCAACUUGUGGAGCUCCUAAGACUGGGUUUCAUUAAACCCAGCAACUCUGAUGGAACUCUUCGUCUCUGCAUCGACUACCGCGGUCUCAACCGCUAUACGGUUAAGAACAACUACCCCAUGCCUCGUUCCGAUGAGCUGUUCGACUGCCUAGCAAGCAACCACUUCUUUACGAAGAUUGAUCUUCGUAGCGGUUACCAUCAGAUCUGCGUCGCUGCAGCCGACCAGCCGAAGACCGCGUUCCGAUCGCGCUUCGGCUACUACGAGUUUACAGUGAUGCCCUUCGGCCUCACCAACGCACCCGCUACCUUUCAGAGGGCGAUGAACGACAUCUUCAGGGACAUCCUGGAGCAGUACGUUCUCGUCUACCUCGGCGAUAUCCUGGUUUACAGCCGUACCCUUGAGGAACACCUCAGACACCUCCGCGCCGUCCUUGACCGCUUGCGCUGACAUGGCUUCUACGCCAAGUUGAGUAAGUGCCGCUUUUCCCAGCACAAAGUGAAUUUCUUAGGACACU